CUCCCUAAUGUGUGCUUGCCUGAUGCUUUAUAUUCAUUCUUGUAUCCUUGUAACAACCUUAAGAUAAGUGUAAUUUAGCCCAAUUUUAUUCAUAAAGAAUUUGAGGCUUGCAGAAGUUAAAUGACUAAAAACUACACAGUAACAGCAACUUGUUACUAGUAUAAAAGAAAGAACAUACCUUUGAAUCCAUGUCUCCACGGUAUACUUACAUAGAACUGUGAAUAUGCCACUUCACUUCCUAAAUGUUUGGAAUAAUCUACUGGUUGAAUCCAUAAUGCAACCCCAUAAUAAUGAACAGAACCAGGAAAAAAAUCUUAAUAUUACAGAUUUAUAUUAAAUACAUAUGAAAAGGUUUUUUCCUCCCUAAAUCACCUAGUAGUCCAUAAGGAGUCAACAUGAAAUGAUUUCCAAGAAGCCAUUGCUUUGUAGUUUUCCUCCACCAUUCUCCCUUCUCAUUCUUGCUCUCCCUCAGGGUCCACUUACUGAUUAUCAUUGGUUUAUCUUAUUGGGAGGAAGAAAAAGAAGGGCCUACAAGUUUCUCUUAUCCUUUGCCUAGGAGUAAGGAGAACCCUCCAGUGUUCAACCUCAGUGAAACAUCUGCAAGAUCAUCUUCUUUGAGUCUAAUAGGUGUUGUGCUAUUAUGCAAAAUUAAUCCGAUGCAUCUUAUACCCCUUUCUUGACGGAAUAAUGUGCCAGGGGAAUGGUGAUCUACCACAGUAAUAUGAUGCUUGUAUUAUAAAUAUUUGCAUAUUAUAUACCUGUAACAAUGUAUUUUGUAAACAUUCUCCACCUCUUCAAAACCUUGAGAUUUUUUACUUUUAUAUAUGUCACUCCAUCUUUUCUAAGAUGAGAAAAGCAAGAACCAAAGAUACUUGCUGCCAUAGAUGAAUAAAUUCCAGAGCAAACUCGGGCCUGAAUCCAAAGCCCAUACUCCUAAUUGUGUGUGCACGUGCGAUUACUAAUAGUACAUACUUUUUGCCUUUGGACUGUGUCCAAUAAUUUUUAAAGCACUCUAUUGAUCAUCACUGUGACAAAUGUAUUUAAGUCCAAACACCAAACACCGAUCAACCCUGCUUAAAAAAAAAUUAAAAAAAAAAAAAAAAAAGCAAAUUGUGGAGGCUGGAGUUUCAUUGUAGUGCUGAACCAAGUAGAUGUGUCAAAGCCGGCCGCGGAAGACAAAGCGUGCAACUCGUGGUCGUGGCCAGAAUUUUUCCCAUCGGUCUUGCAUUCCGCAACUGCUUUCGUUCUGGGAAGGAAAGCAAUUGAUGGGGAGUGUGGAGUGAACACGCGUGUAUCCGCGCAGUUUUAGCACGUAAAAAACAGCUUCCAGCGGGAGGUGGGAAAAACAGCUGGGUUCUACUGGGUUCUACUCGCUGUGCCCAUUUGCUCCUUCACAGAGCACGGUUCCUGGGAGUCGAAGGGAUAUCGGGGCGGGGGGAUGUGACUGAAAGCGAACGUGUUCACGCAGUAGCUGGGAAAAGACUUAAAGAGUUCAGGUUAUGGGAAAGAUCCGGUGAUUCUCCCUCUUUGCGCGGGCUAUGAGCCUGAGAACACCUAUUCGCAGACUGACGAGUAUUACCGCCCACUGGUUUGAAAGGCAGCCUGCUCGUCCAACCAAGAAGCCGACCAGUGACAGCUUCCGGUGUUGGCUCGGACUGCCGGUUUCUUCCCCGCCUUUUCCGUUUCCUGCCGCUCCCAGUCCUGUUCGAUGGGGCCCGCAAGCUGGUGACGUGAAGAGGCCCAGACCCCAGGUUCUAUGGCAGCCGCUGGGUCUGUGAAGGCGGCGUUGCAGGUGGCCGAGGUGCUGGAAACCAUUGUGAGCCGCUGCAUGGGCCCCGAGGGGCGGCAGGUUUUGUGUACGAAGCCCACCGGCGAGGUGCUGCUCAGCCGGGACGGAGGCCGCCUCCUGCAGGCGCUACACUUAGAGCAUCCCAUAGCCAGGGUAAUAGUGGCAUGUGUUUCCAGUCAUCUCAAAAAAGCAGGAGAUGGUGCUAAAACAUUUAUUGUCUUACUUUGCCAUUUGCUCAGAGGACUUCAUGCAAUCACAGAUAAAGAAAAAGGCGAUUUGAUGUCUGAAAAUAUGCAAACCCAUGGAAAGCAUUGGAAAAGUUGUUGUCAGUGGAAAUGUAUUUCCCAAGCUCUUCUGACAUUUCAGACACAUACAUUAGACAGUAUUAUGGACCAGUACUUGAGUAGACACUUUCUGUCUAUCUUUUCUUCAUCUGCUAACGAGAGAACAUUGUGCAGGAGCUCUUCAGAGUUGCUCUUAGAAGCAUACUUUUGUGGAAGAGUGGGAAGAAAUAAUCACAAAUUUAUUUCACAGUUGAUGUGUGACUACUUUUUCAAGUGUAUGACUUGCAAAAGUGGAAUUGAAAUAUUUGAAUUAAUGGAUGACUAUUUUGUAGAGUUGAAUGUUGGGGUCACUGGCCCUCCUGUUUCAGAUUCUAAGAUCAUAGCGGGGCUUUUGCUUCACAGAGAUUUUUCUGUGUACUGUCCAGCAGAUGGUGACAUAAGAAUAGUGAUGGUAACAGAAGCCAUUCAGCCUCCUUUUACAACUUCUGGAUCAGAGUUUUUUCUGAAUUCAGAAACACAGUUUCAGACUUCUCAAUUUUGGAUUAUGGAAAGAACAAAAGCAAUAAUGAAACAUUUAAAUGGUCAAAAUGUAAAAUUGCUCCUGUCUAGUGUAAAACAACCAAAUUCAGUUGUUUAUUAUGCAGCACUAAAUGGCAUAUCAGUGGUGGAGUGUUUAUCAGCAAAAGAAGUUUCCCUUAUCCAGAGAAUCACCGAUCUUUCUCCAUUUGUACCACAGGCCUCUUCACAGUAUGACAUUUCUAACACUGCUUUGGUGAAAUUUUGUAAACCAUUCAUCCUUAGAUCUAAAAGAUAUGUUCAUCUUGGUUUGAUUAGCACAUGUGCGUUUAUACCACACUGUAUAGUUCUUUGUGGACCAGUGCAGGGUCUUAUUGAGCAACAUGAGAAUGCUUUACAUGGCGCAUUUAAAAUGCUCCGGCAGUUACAUAAAGAUCUUGAUCUAAGUUAUAUUAGAUAUGCCAGUGACCAAAAUGAUACAUUAAGUAUCCCUGUUUCCAAAAAUAGGAGAGAAAAUGAUCAGUUAGUAGAAACUGGAAAUAAAUCUAUACAAAGACCAUAUCAGGACACAGUUGUAAAGGACAAAGAUGAUUUGGAAAAAACUCAAACAUAUUUAAAAGUAUACUCAAAUUUGGUUGUUUCAGAUAUAGAAUUAGAAGCAUAUAUUCCAUGUUCAACACCAGAACUAACAUCAGAAGAUACAUUCCAAAUAGAUGAAACACUGAGAUGUUUGUCUCCUGGAGAACACAGGAUAAUUGGUGAUUGUGCCCCAUUAGCGGAGGGUAAUUCCAUUGCCAAUUCAACAACAGAAAACAUGAGAACAGAAAUAUUUUGUGAAAACUUACAGAUCACAAAAAUUACUAGAAAACAGAGCAUGUCGCCAGUGAAAUACAACUCACUAGAUGAGGGUACUUGCCAGAGUUACUAUUCCUCAUCUAUACCAGCAGGUUCUGUUUUGCCAGUGGGUGGCAACUUUGAAAUCUUGUUACAUUACUAUCUAACCAAGUAUGCCAAAAAAUGUCAAUCAUCAGAAGAAACCAUGGUUAGUAUGUUAAUAGCUAAUGCACUUUUAGGCAUUCCCAAAAUCCUCUGUAGGUACAAGAACGGAAAGUACAGCUUUCCACACCUAUAUUUAAAAGCUCUCCAUGCACUGGAAACCAAUCAACCUGUGGUAAGCAGUCAGACAGGUUUAGAAUCAGUAAUUGGUAAAUACCAGUUAUUAACUUCAGUUCUCCAGUGUUUGAUAAAAAUAUUGACCGUUGAUUUGAUAAUCAGUAUUAAGAGACAGCCUCAGAAAGUUCAUCAUCAAGAUUCAGAAGAUGAACUAUAACUGCAGAAAUCUUUAUUAAUCCAAUUCAAGCCAUGAAGUAAAGCAGGGAUGUGAUUACUAAUUCCCAGGUCAACUAAGUCUACUUGGGAAAGCAGCAUGACUUUAAAUGACUUCUGAAGAAGUACCCUAGGCCACCAGACCAUGCAGACAAAAAUACUGGGCUAAUUUAUGAGAGUAAACUGGAUGAAAGAGGGUUUUGGCAUGGGGGAGCCAAGAUCUGCCUAAAUCUCUCCUCUCUAUGUCUCAGCUCUUUGUUAAUCUGUGUGUCUAGGGGAGAAUAAUUCUUUUUAGCUCCUUUUUGCUUUUCUGCAUCUUUUUUCAUUUUUGCUAUCCCUCUUUUACCUUUCCUAUUCUUAGUUCAUAGAAUCACUUACUCUCAGUGGAUUUGUUCUUCAAAUUCCAUUUUAAUUGUUUAUAAGAUAAAUAUGUCAUUUGCUUCAUUUAAAAUAGAUUUUCCCCAUUCAUGGUCAUAUAUAACGUGAAUAAAAGUAAAAUUUUUUCCAAAGAGCAAUAUAAAUUAGUUUUUACUUUUAUGUAACCCUUGGUUUAUUUCCAUUUUAUUUGGAAAAACUUGGAUAGAUUUUUACCAUUCAAUACAUGUUACCAGAAAAAAGACAAUGCAAAGAACUAAUUUUUGUAGUUAAAAGUUAAUAUCACAAAGAAUAUUGAAUUCAUACUUUGAUUUUCUUCUGGCUCCUAAUGGCUUGCAGAGAUAUUUUAUGUACUUACUGGCUUUGCCUAUAUUUGGUACUUAGAGUUCAAUAAUGGUUUCUAAUGUGAAGUUACAAAUGUUUGUGUUAUUUUAAAAGCUUUUAAAUGCAACUAAUAACUGCAUCUAACAGUGGAUAUGGACAGUCUUAUCUGCUUUUAGGAAUUCUCUGUAACACUCAAAACAGUCUUAAAUUGUCCUACAUUUAAAUCAUAUAUUGAAAUGUAUUUGGUGAAUAAAGAAGUGUUAUCUUUAAUCCAUUUCUCUAAA